AUGACUACUAGUCCUAAAGCAGCCAAUGCGGCAGAGAAGUCUCAUUCUCGAACCAACAGUUUGACGCCCACACCACUGCACACUGUUUCUACACGUAAACGGAGAUCAUCACUGAUUAUUCAACAUUUGGAAGAUGAUAAUCUUGAAACCAAAGUUGACCAAGUGAUUAACCCCAAUGUGAAUGCUAACUGGGUACAUUUUAAAGGUGCGUGGAUUAUACAUAUUGUUAUUAUUAUGGUACUUAAAUUAUUAUUGAAUUUGUUGAAUGUAUUUGACAAUGAUUGGAAUUGGACUUUAACUAAUCUUAUCUACAACAUUGGGUCUUAUAUUAUGUUUCAUCAAGUGAAAGGUACACCGUUUGAUUUUAAUAACGGAGCAUAUGAUAAUUUGACUAUGUGGGAACAAAUAGAUAAUGGUGAUCAAUAUACCCCUGCAAAGAAGUUUUUAAUGAUUGUACCCAUAGGAUUAUUUUUAAUUCUGACCCAUUAUCUGAACUAUAACUUAAACUUGUUUAUUUUGAAUGGAUUAAGUUGCUUAUGUGUUGUUGUACCUAAGUUGGCCAUCUCCCAUAGAUUAAGAGUCACAUUGUAUUGA